AUGACAUUGUGUAAAUCUCACCUGGCAAUAGUCCAGCGGGUUAACAACGAAGGAGAAGGCGACCCGUUCUAUGAAGUGCUUGGCAUUGUCACCCUAGAGGACGUCAUUGAAGAAAUCAUCAAGUCUGAAAUCCUGGAUGAGACAGACUUAUACACCGACAACAAAACAAAAAAGAAAAUCACCCAUCGAGAGAGGAAGCAGGAUUUCUCGGCUUUCAAGCACAUGGACAAUGAAAUGAAGGUUAAAAUAUCACCUCAGCUUCUACUGGCUACUCUACGUUUCCUAGCAACAGAAGUAGAAGCAUUUAGUCCAAGCCAGAUGUCUGAGAAGAUCCUUCUACGUCUCCUCAAGCACCCCAACGUCAUCCAGGAGCUCAAAUAUAAUGAGAAGAAUAAGAAGGCCAUCGAACAUUACCUCUUCCACCGCAACAAGCCUGUGGACUAUUUCAUCCUCAUUCUGCAGGGGAAGGUGGAGGUGGAGGCAGGGAAGGAGGGAAUGAAGUUUGAAGCUGGAGCUUUCUCCUCCUAUGGGAUGAUGGCUCUCACCGCGACUCCAGAAAACAAAUCCCCCCCUCGGUCAUUUGGACUGAACCAUUCUGACUCGUUAAAUCGUAGCGAGCGGAUUGAAGCCAUCACACCGUCACUGGGCAGCAGUAACCACCAGCUCAAUGCCUUCCUGCAGAUGUAUGUGCCGGACUAUUCUGUCAGAGCUUUGUCAGACGUACAGUAUAUUAAGGUAACGCGCCAGCAGUAUCAGAACGCCAUCAUGGCGUCACGCAUGGACAAGACGCCACAGUCCUCCGAGAGCGAGUACACCAAAAUCGAAAUUACUUUGACAGACCUCCAUGAUGGAGUGACUGAUGAAACCGCCACCCUGUUCAACCAGACACAGAACUGUGUGGCCCACAACAAGACGAACCACACAGGCCACAGCGAGGGGGCCAUCUAGCCCUCAGUGGGGUGGUGGAGCAAAGCUGAUGCUCACCACCCCAAACCACUCCACUCUUGUAGUGCACUACUACUACUGGGACCUGAGCUUGGGUUGACCCAAGGCAAAAUGGGAUACUCCAGUGGCCCGGUCCGGUCCCAUUCAUUCAGAUAAACCACAGCGUUUAUGUCCCCCAGACUAUUAAGAGUUUUGAGGAUGGACGUUUUUGUGUUCUGACGAGCCCCUAGCUACACUCGAACUGCCCCGUGAUGUUCACAAACACAAAAGAAAUACUCCAGAUGCAGAUGCUGUAAUAGGGUAAAUCAAAGACUGUUCCAAAUGCUGCUUUGAAGGAAACCGUGAAUCGUGAACCAAGAGCAUUCUACUCACAUAUUUAUUUAUUUUGUAUGCAUUUGUACAUACAUGCAUGUCUGAGGAUAUAAUUGUCGGCACAUGCAAG